GGACAGUAGACCGGAAGUAGGCUAUCCCUUUGGCUGCUGUUGACGGAACACAGGCGUGAGAGGAGCCGGAGGCUGGAGACGAUAUAACGGGGAGGCUGAACAUCGGAUUCUCCGCAAUCAAACAAGAGAUGUCUAUAAGGAUGGAAAUGGAUAUAAGUGGAGUGUCCAGGGCGCAUGUCUCCAUUCUUCCUGCAGCUGAGAUCAAAGCUUCAUUGAAACCAGAAGCAGAGAGACCUCGCUGUGCCAGCACCCCAUGCUCACCCAUCAGAGGUACUGUUGCAGGAUACCAGAUCCUCCACAUGGACUCAAACUAUCUAGUAGGAUUCACCACUGGUGAGGAGCUGCUCAAGCUGGCCCACCAGUGGUCAGAAGGCACUCCAGAGAAGGGCUCUGUAGCAGAGGCCAUGACCAGCACCAUCCAGAGCACUGUUCCGAAGUCUGUGGACUUGGGCAUCCACCGGUCUUCACGAAUCUUUAAAGGCAAAAGUCGCUACUACCAACCAUAUGACAUUCCUGCUGCCAGCGGGAGGAGACGGAGGCGUAUGCCCAGCUCAAGCGACACCUUCCUCAGGUCCCUGAACCACUUGGAGCCAGGAAGGAGUCUGCAUGCACCAUUACCACUGUGUCUGCUUAAGGGGAAGAGGGCCCAGUCCAAGUCUCUGGACUACCUCAAUCUGGACAAAAUUAGUAUCAAAGAGUCAUCAGACACUGAGGUGUUACAGUACCAACUGCAGCAUCUCACCCUGCGAGGGGAGCGCAUGUUUACCAGAAACAAGACAUGAAAAUUUGGUGGAAGGCCUUUUUUAUGCGUCUUUCACCCUCUUGGAGAUUUAGGUGCUAUUUCCAGCUUGGUUUCUUUCUACUCAGAUUAGAAACAGAUCUUUAAGAAGACAGUCUGAUAAUCUUGUUAUAUUAUUAACUUGGGGUUUUACCUUGUACUGUACACAUAAUGUUGUGAAGAAAAUCCUUAACUACCCCUCUCAAUGUUAUGAGGGUAUGGUAAAAAAAAAAUGUGAACUGUAGGAAUUUAGCAAUAACUGGUGAACCUAUUUAUUGACAGUGACAUGUGUAUUGGUAUGGAGAUGCACUGAUAUAUCAGUUUACAGCUGAUAAAAGCACACAUACUGUAUCGGCUUUAAAAUGCACCACCGCUAUCAGUCCAAUAAUAGUUUUGCUGCUUAUCUGUGAGGAGUUGUGUUGGUGGAAGUUUUGUCAUAUUAUGGCACUGCUUACAACUGUCACAUUAGAAAGGUAAUACUUUUAUUAUCCUACUACAUGUAAUUUAUUGAUUUAUUGAUACUAUUGCUACAGUCAAUAUUAAUAUGUUUUUCAACCAAACCAUUUACCACAAGAUGGUAAUGGGUAAAAAAGCUUAGUGAUACUUCAUUCAAAGUCUGUUAAUUACAGGAUAGGUAGAGAUGUGUGUGUUAAGUCUGUCUCAGCAGAAUACUCAAAUGCCGUGUGUACCUUCAGAGAGUUAACUGUAUCAUUACCUCUGCCAAUAAUGGUGAUACAAUGAUCCCUCACUAUUUAAAAUCUUUUUGUGGCAUUAUAACCUUUUCUCAAUAGCUAGUGUUAGAGGAGUCAGAAAGAAGGAAAAAGGAUGACAUGCAACAACCGUCCUCCGACUCAAUUUAAACGAAGGACCUCUUGAUUAGAUUCUCAGUUCCUUAUUCCACUUGUCACCUGGACACCCCAAAGGAUCCCUUCCUAUAGUGACUGCGCUGUAAAAGGUGGGAGAGAAUCCAUGUUCCAAUUGAUUAACUGCUGUUUGAGUGACAGCUUCUGAUUUGCCUUCUCUUACAGAUUGUUUGAUGGGGACAAUCACUUCAAUUCCAGAACCUACAGGAUGAACACCCAUCAGUAACUCUAUCAACAUACAUGCACAUUGCAUAUUGUAUUAAGACAGAUUUGAGGGAAAAAAAUCAAAAGUGCAGCAACUUUCAGUCAGCUUGAAUUCAUGUUGGUAUCAGUAGCAACCAGUAUGAAGAGGAUUAAGGCCUCUAAUAAUUAAUAACUGAGAUUUUUCUCAGAUUCAGAUUUCUGAAUUAAAUCUCAGAAUUCUGAAAGAGAAACCAGAGCUCAGAUCCCAUUUUUCUUUUUUAAGUGUCCCUAUAUGGUCGCAGAUAAGAAAACAUUUCAACCACUCCUGCGGUGUCACCUACUUCAGAUGGGGGGUGAAAUAGUUCCCACACAACCCCGAAAGAUAAAAAGAGAUAUCACCUCAGUCUUUUCAUGUUUAUUAGUCAUUGUUGGCAGAUAGGGUUGCAACUAUGUUGGGGUUAGAAAACCACACUGAUGAGCAGUAUAGAGUUGUACGUUUUUACUGAGUGUAUGUUCCCCAUCCACCUGGUAAAGGGUGUGUAGUUUUCUGCACCUGAUUGCACUGUUAGACAUCUACUGCAGACAUCAGUUGAAACAUCAGUACACUAUGAUAUUGUCACCACAAUGGCAUAAUUUAAAUGUUAACACUAAACUCUGGUUGCCUCAUAUAAACACUAUAGUAUUGUACAUAAGCAAAGCCAUGUGAACACUUAAGUUCUAUAAAGAGAAUCUGUACAUCCCUUGAGUUUUUGCACAAUAGUUUGUGCUGCUUUGAUUGAAGGAAAUCAUUUCUUUGUCUCUGAGAUCUUCUGUUUUCUAUUACACUAAAGCAAUAGGAAAAUAUUUUUUCAUUUUCAACACUAGACACCUCUAUGUUGAUUUAUUUUUGUGUGACUGUGGCAUCUUAUAAAUUGUUCAGUUGAAGAAAAUGAAGCAAUCUCAGUAACAUUUCUGCAAACUGUGUUUUAUUUGAUCAUCCCAGUGUUCCCAGGUCACAUCUACUGGGGCGAAUCAGCAUUCAUUUCUGUCUGUCCUGGGAAUUAGCAGAGACAGAGACUGUUUACAGUGAAAUACAGAAGUGUUUCAUGUCUGUGAUAGCUGAAUGCUCUUUAGUGGAGCAACCAUGGGUAAAAAAGGCAUUAUGUCUUGAGGUGAAUAAUAACAUAAUGUCUUUGGUUUUUAGGCAUAUUGGCCUGGCAGACCAACACAUACUUAAUCUAGGUUUUCAUCAGGUUCUGGCAAACACAUAUUCAGUCUGAAUUAUAUCCCAGCCAUGGGUAGCAUUCUGCUAAUAUAUGAGAUCUAAUUGAAAAAGGAUAACUCAGAAAUUUGCUAAAAGUCUAGCAUUGAAACUUGAAUAUACAAUAAAGCAUAUCACAACCAUUCUUCCAUUCCUCAAAAUGAAAUCAAUUAGACUCACUCUCAGUGGAUAGUGUUUCAAUAAAGACGUGUUAACAGGUGAAAAGUAUAGAUAAAUAAGAGACUUGCAAUUAAACUAAAACAGUUAUGUGCUUUUGACUCAAAAGAAGCAAUAAGUAGAUAAACAUAUCCCACUUUCCUGAACAGUCAAAGAAUUAAAGCAACAAUGGAGUCUAUUUAAAAUAAAAGUUGGCAUGUAUAAGGGCUGGAUUAAGCACAUCCAAGUGUACAUACAGCUUGGUUCCUCGAAUCUCUAAAUUAAAAACUGAAAAACAAAAUAGAUUCCAGUAGUACGGUGAAUACUGUCAAAUAGUAAAUACUGCAUUGACACAAUAAUUGUCUCAGAAUGCAUAUUUGUCUUUCCAGUUAGCUCAAAUUGGGCUAAACACACAACCAGCUACCCAGAGGCAUACUGUAAACCUACAGAUGAAACUGCAACAUUGUUUGAGUUAAAAACAAAGUUGCGGCGAUUUCAUAGAAAAUAUUGGCUCACCUCCCUCUUCCUCUCUAUUCUCCUUGAUGUCCCACUUUUCCUCCCUACAGAGCAGUCACCUGAGGCCCCUUGAGGUCAUAUAUAACUACUCUAACCCUAGAGGUGGCUGGUAGUGUGUGUGUUUACCAGACCCUGCUGAAGAACUGGAGUUCUUAAUAUGUGUUGAUAUUUUUCUUCUGGCUGAAUAGAAGACAAAGGGCUGUUUUUCAUGGUUGUAUAAUAUAUUGGAUAUAUUACCCACUGUUUCAAAACAGUGGCUUAGGGUAAUAGUAAAGGAUGUUCAC